AUGGCUUCACAGUUUAGAAAACCCUUUAAUAACAAGGCACCAGCAAAAGACCUUCAGACUGACAAUUUAGAUUUUAUUCCAACUCAUAGUUCUGGUGUGCUGGGGGCAGAAGACAUCUAUAACUCACCAAGGGCUCAGCCCAAGUUUUUCCCAAACAACAAUCACUCCCAGGCAAAGCAGGAGCUGCACAGUCGCUGGGAGAUGUUCAUAUCAUGGUCGCAGCCAGAAAAGCAUAGCGAGGAGCAGAUGAUUUCUCAACUGGUCUUGGAGCAGUUUCUCCUCACUGGGCAUUGCAAGGACAACUUUGCUUUGAAAGAGAAGUGGAAAUCCAGUGACAGAAACAUGAGGAGAUUCAUGGAGAAUCUGACUUUUGAGUGCUUGAAGCCUCCUGUCAUGGUCCAUGUCUCCAUGCAAGGACAGGAAGCUCUCUUUUCUGAAAACAUGGCAUUAAAAGAAGUCAUCAAGUUUUUGAAACAACAGCAAUCUGCAACAAGGCCAACACCAGAGAAUGCAAAGAUGCCAGUAGACACCACACAAGAUAUAUUUUUGGCCACAGGACAAGAAAACAGUGAAAAGGAAUGCAAUACUUAGAAUUUUACCAAAGUAAAUGUUUGUGAUAGCUGUACUGAAAAUGAGAUGAACUCCCUUCUUAUUAUCCAGAAAGAACAGUACCCUGAGCAUGAAGAGGGAGAUGUUUCUUUUCAGUUCUCUCAGGGUGCCAGAAGAGCCAGUCAAGGCAACUCUAGUCAUCAGGUAGAGUUUCUAAGUGUAUCUACUACUUCAGAUAUCCCCAUGGAGUAACAACCAAUGGAUUUCUCCAGAACAAACAUCUAUGAAGACAAGAAAGAUUGCUAUAACACUUCCAAGGAAUCUACUCAAGUAAAUAGUGCUGAUAAUAUUCCCAGGAACAAGACAGAUUCCGUUUUCAUUAACCAGAGAAUGUAUCAUCCUGAGCCUGAGGUGGGAGAUGUUUCUUAUGGGGUUCCUCAGGAUUCUACAAGAGCAAGUCAAGGAACAUCCACAUGCCUGCAGGAGUCACUUGUGGAGUCUUUUUCUGAAAAAGACCAUCAGGAGGUCCCAGGGUCCCUCUCCAGGCCAGAGCAACCUACCUCUGAGCCUUUCUUUCUUUGUAAGAAUCAUGAGGCAAACUCACCAUGUGAAAGUCAUCAAAAGAGAUUCUGUAGUGAUCCCAAACUAUACAAGUGGGAAGAAUGUCCUAGGAGGUUCAAAUAUGCCUGUAACCUUACAUCCCACCAGAGAACUCACCUGAAUAAGAAGGGAUUGGUCUGUGUCACCUGUCAGAAAAUAUUCAAACGAGCCUCUGACUGCCGAAAUCAUGAGGUAAUACACAAGCCAGAGAAGCCUUUUAUAUGCAGUACAUGCAAAAGGUCUUUCAGCCACAAAAUCAACCUGAAGGCUCAUGAGAGCAUUCACACAGGAGAAAAGCCUUAUGCUUGUUCUCUACAUAGCCAUACCUUCCGCCAAUCAUCCACAUACCACAGUCACCUGAGUAAUUACCACAAAUCUGACUAA